AUGACGAGCUGGUGGAGAAAGACGUCCCGCUACCUGUCGUCCCAUUCCAACCUUUUCAUCAUCACAGGGGGUCUUGUUGGCGGCGCUUAUCUAGUAUCCAAAUACGCCAUCUCCAAGUUCCAGCAAAUCCAGGAAAAGCUCACCAAUGACAAGAAUGCAAAGGAGAAUCUACGUCGAAGAUUCGCACAGAAUCAAGAAGAUUGCACCUUCACCGUUCUCGCACUACUUCCGACUCUAGGUGAUCAACUAUUCACCAAGCACAAUGUCGAGCAGCUCACCGAAAGCCUGCGCGUCCAGGCGACACCUCCAGUAGCCCUUCCUCCCACAGAACCGUCCAUCCACGUUACGCCCGGCGAAACCCAUUCUCCAGUCUCCCUGCCCACCGAUGUGGCUCCUGCAGCUGCGCAAGACUUGCAUCAAGAAGCAUCUACUCCUGUCGCUGCCUCUACGCCAGAAAAACAGAUGCUUUCCGACGUCUCAAGCAAGCCAGAUUCCACAUCUCCUCAGCUCAACCCCCUAGCAAAGUCCUUUGUACCAGGAAAAGUGGACACAUCCGAACCGCAGACCACCGCUUUUGCCGUCGACGCCGCUGAUACUUCAUCGCAGGCAGACGUUCAACCUAGCCUGUCAGAGGAAGUGAUUGCCAAUGGCACUACAGGUCCCGACAGUCCGAUAACACAAAAUGCUGAAGUCCCUCCGUCACUAGCAUCGCACGCCGCUGCAAAGAUCGAUGUCGAAAAGAGCUCUCUGGAAUCAGCGAACCAUGAAUCCUCGCACAUGGAUGCUCAAGGGCAACCCAACAAACCCCCCGCCGACAGGCAAGUCAAGCUCAAGCUCUGGAACAAUCUCAAAUUGACCGCCUUCACUCGAACCAUCACAUCGCUCUACUGCGUCGUUCUUUUGACGCUUCAAACCCACAUCCAGCUCAACCUUAUCGGCAGAUAUGCCUACCUCGCUUCUGUGGAAGCCUUGGCCCGCGAGGCCGAUGACGUCUAUCCCGAUACUUCAGCCCAAUCCUCCCACGGCCUCGACCACGACACCGAGCGCCUCUACCUCACCUUCAGCUGGUGGUUCCUUCAUCACGGCUGGGACCGUCUCUCUGACCGUGUAUCGUCCGCCAUCGAGAGAUCCUUUUCGCCAGUCUCAGUCAAAGCACAGCUCUCUAUGGCCGAUCUUAGGGCUCUUCUCAACGAUGCUCGCUAUCUGAUUGAACAUGACAGCCUCAGCCCUUCCCAGUCCGUUGGGCAGCCAACGCGGAAACGCGCCAACUUUAUGGAUAUCCUCUUUCCCAACUCUAUUGACCAAGAGGUCGACAUCCUCGUUGGCGCAGGUGCGCUUGACGCUAAUGACGCUCAUUACGCUCUUGCUACCAACCACAAGUUGCGUGCCCUCCUUGACGAGACCAAGGACAUCAUUGAAUCUCCAGAUUUUGGCUCCGUCCUCGCUCUUUGCACUGACCGCGUCUUCGAGACCUUCUUCAACAGUCUGAAUCCUACCUUUGACAUCCCAUCUACGGGCAAGCUCAAUUCUACCAUCCACGUUCAACCUCUUUCUGCAUUCGAGUCCCGCUUCCAGGAGAUCACCGAAGAGAUGCAACACGGCAAACGUGUUCGUUUAGCUUCCCUGUUUCCACUCGUCUCGCGACAAAGCCAGAUGGCCAUCCGUGGUGUGCCCAACGAAUAUAUCGAGGCUCUCGCCGACUCCAAGGAGCUCCGCGCUUUCUCUGCCGUGCUCUAUGCUGCCUGGUCUUCUUUGUAA